UUCAUCCGCUUUGUACAGCUGCUUAAAAAAACGUUAACUUUAAGGUAAAUGUAUUUAGCCUCAAUGUCACAUUUUUUACGACCAUAACAUGGACUAGACAGAUAACGGUACUUUUGUCGAUGACGUCACUGUCCCCGUAGUUGGGAAGAAAAUACUGGUACUAGCUAGCUAGAGAUUAGUGGCUACUAGAGAUUUGGGACCACAAUCAAAAUGUUUGCUUAAGUCUUAAGUAACUUGAUUUAGAUGGCACUGUAACAACUCAGUUACAUUGGAUAAUGCUGCGACGAUCGAUUCUGCUUAACGGAACGAAUGAUGAAAACGUGGAUUCAGGAGCUGAGACUGCAGAAUCCGAUUGCAGUAAAAUGUCAUCUCCAAGCAGUGAGGUCCAGCCAUGGUGUACCCCAGCACCACUACUGAUGAGCAUGCACCUGCUGGCCAACCCAGGAGACUCCCUCCUGCUCCAGCACACCCUGGACCGCCUGCUGCGCUGGCUGUGCCCCAGCCUGCACGUCUUCCAUGUGUCCGAGAGGGCCUGCCCCCUCCGCGACUACGCCCGUGCCCGCCUGUGCCCCGUGGCGGGCUACCCCUCGCUAGCCGUCACCAUCUUCCUGCACGAGGCGUACGGCGAGGAGCGCAUCCUGCGCGUGCUGGACUUCCUCCAGCGCCCCCCCUGGCAGUACCACCACACGGAGAGCUGCGGAGGCAGGGCGGGAGGCGUCCACAUCACCUCCUCCACCUCCCCCUCCAACGCCCUGCUGAGGCCCUACCUCCUGCCCAGCCGCGACUUCUACAGCCUGGGCACGGGGAUGCCGGUGUGGGGGGUUCGGCCGGUGCACUGCGGAGGGGAGAUGCUCCGGGUGACCCUCUACAGCGGCUACGACAACUUUGAGGACGCGGUGCGCCUGUACGAGACGGUGCUGCAGAGGCAGGCGGAGGAGCAGAAGACGGGGUUCUGCUGGUUCACGCUCCACACCGAGCCAGGCCUCUGCCUCCAGCUGGCUCUCAAGCAGCUGUCCCCGGGGACGAGGGUCGAGCCCUGCGGCUCGGCCGUCCUGCAGUUCCGAGUGGAGGAGAUAGGCCAGCUGGUGCCCCUGCUACCCAACCCCUGCACGCCCAUCAGCGCCACCCGCUGGCAGACAGAGGAUCUGGACGGCAACAAGGUCCUCUUCCAGGUAAAAGCUCCUGACAAGUCCCAGCUGCCCCUGACCUGCGCUUUCCCCCUCACCUGCCCCAGCGUCUCCGCCAGAGGCCAGCUGAGGAGUCCAGGGUCCACCCCUUCCUCCACCAACACCCUGCGGCCCUGCAGUCAGCCCGCCCCCCUGACCCGGCCAGGGUGCCGGCCACGCACCGACCCAGGAGUGGAGAGGCUGACCAGAGGACCCCAGGGUGGGGGAGAGAGCCUGGGCUCAGACAGCUGCUGCAGCACCCCCCCAGGCAGCUCCUGCUACUCCUCCCAGCGCAGCAGCCCCGCCCUGCUGCCUACCAGCCCCCAAGACUCCCCUGCCCGGCCCUUCCUGUCCCGCCUGCUGCUGGAGGAAGAGCCAGAGACCAACGUGGACACAGGCAUCCCGGUCACCAUGGCAGCUGCCUCAGAAUUGCUCAUGCCUGUGACCCCCAACUCUGAAAGACCAGCAGCUGUGGGGGCCUCAGCCCUGGAGAGCCUAGCCAGGGAGCUGAGUGACUGUCUGCCAGGGACGCCCCCCCACAGCGCCCCCAGGACCUGGGGGAGCCCAGGGCACCAGGCAGGCUCCCCAGCCAGAGACAGCCCUGGCAGCAGGACUAGUGGCCAGACCCUCCCCAGAGGGUGUGUGGAGAGGACUACUGCAGAGACCCCAACUAAAACUAAAACCCUGUCACCACAAACACACAGCCAAGAGCCACUAGAUGAGUUCUUUAUUUGACCUCCUGUGCAGUGUGGUGUAGUAAUUUCGAAACUCAAUUUCCACAGUCAGUGUUCCUUUAACAGCAUGGGUGUAACUUAAGGUGACCAGAUACAUCAUAUCUCAAGGAACAUUCCUUACUCGGUAUCCAAACAUUUGUCCCAUCUUUAAGAUGGAGUGGCUUGUCACCAGAAUCGUUGGGCCUGUGCAGUGUUUUGCCGCAAGUAAAUAUUCGGUCUCACUCCACAUGAAAUGUAGACAUUUAACACAUUACUAAGUUUCCCAAGCCCAGCAGAGCCAGUUCCAUCUAAUCCGCAAAUAUUUACAAAAUAGGAUCCUCAGCAAAUCUGACGUCAGAGGAAAACACAAACUUCAGCGAUGCUUCAAUAUCAAUGUACUGUUUUUCUUUCUUAGAGCUUAGAGCUAAAAAGAACCUUCCUGAAGUGAAUAUGCCUAUCCAGAGAACGUCAGUAGGCUAGUCAGAUGGUAUGUGCAGUGUAUUUAGAUCAAUAAAUCUAGACAUAUGACAAAAUCUAUUGAAUAGCUGUGACAUGAUGUGGCAUGACAGAUUGGAUUAGGACAGUGUAACAGAGAAUUUCAGCUCAAAAUAUGCCUAGAGAGAAUUUUGAAGACAAUGAUUUUAUUUCUUAACAUAUGUGUUUUUACCAUGACAUAGGUAAAGAUGUGUGUUCAUAGUCAGCAGCUGUAAGGGCUGAUGUGUGUGGUGUUUAGACUGGUUUUAUCACUGCUACCCAUGUGAUGUACAACCAACAACCAAGCACUGUGGAUAACCUUUGACUAGCUAGCCUUGUUAUCUAAGGUGCCACAUUGUGGACAAAGUUUAUAAUUUUAUGCUAAAAACAUUGGUAUUGUGUGGACUAGACUGCCAAAACAAAUAAUUUAUUUAGUGAAGGAAUACCACACUUCUGAUGGUAAACACCACAAAUAUAACCCCAAAUAUUUGUUGCUCUAAAAAAACUAUUAGACAACUUUGGAGAGAACUAUAAUUAUGACUGUAAUGUUGCUCUAUUAAUAAUAUAUACAAUUAUUUUCUUCAUCUGUAAAAUCACAUUUCUCGGUUGGUUCUUACAACAGGCAUCUAAAGAGACACUUGAACAUAAAUCCUGUUUAUAAAUGUCAUAUUAAUCUGUCAAUAGCGUCAAAUAACGCCAUUACACAGUGCACACAUGAAUUGAUUAGAAGAUGUUCGGCCACUAGAUCCAGACAUACUUCCAAAAUAUUCAUCUUUGUUCCAUGAUUUUAUUCCAACAGAAACAAUAUAUUUAAUUAAGUGAUAUUUUCUUCAAGUAUUUUCACAACCUUUCUGAAAGUAUUAGUUCAUGUUUACAUUCUGUGAAUCGGUUACACACAGUAUCAGGGUUUGAACUCAAAACAUUUUACUGUUCAUAUUGGUAAUAUAUUAACCUAAAAUUUCAGUUUGAUCUAUCUUUUGGUAAAUCAUGAGUCGCUCAAAAUGACGAAAGAUAUUUGUAUUUGUUUAAUAAAUUAUUUCCAUGCGUAAUA